AUGAUGGCCUGCAGGCGAAUUGGUCUCUUGCGGUACUCGGUUAUUGGUGCACAAUGCCAUUUUUUUGCAGGAGUCUACUUGAUGUAUACCUUCCGCCCGCUGUCAGCUUGGAACCACUUCUACCAGGCUUCGACGUUCUACCGACUGCGUUUGAGACUAAUUGAUGGGCUUGAUAAGUCAGCGUAUGAGGCUGAACAACAAGGAGCCUCGGCAGCUCAACGCCUUGAGCAGAGUCUUUAUUGGUCGUGCUUCAAGUCAGAAGUUGAGAUUCGAGUCGAGCUGCCGUUGCCACAAUCUGCUAUAGCGGAAUAUGAGUACCCAGCUCUCUUCCCCACGCCACCAACUCUGUCCGAGGAGUACCCAAAGCAAAGAGACCGGACGUCAGAUUGGACUAGCUCUGAACCCGCAGCUAGGUCACCGGAUGGUAAUCCACCUAGACUGUCCGGUAUGGGAGUAAGUAAUCAUAUCACAAGGCUUUUUAAUGAAGAGCAAAGCUGGUACUACUACCUUACGGAGGUGGCAUUGAGGCGUAUUGGUAAUCGCGUUCUAAAUUCGUUUUACCGAGACGACCCAUCGACGUGGUCAAACAUCAAGCCGUUGAUCCCAAUAGCUCUGGAGUUCGAAUCACAGAUUGAUGCAUGGCUCGCAAACCUGCCGCCAGCCAUGCAGUCCUACGAUAAUGACCAAAGUCUAGGAAAUGCGAGGCAGGGAUCCUCCAUGCUGGAUACACAGGAAUCAAUAUCCAUGGAGCUUAGCUGGGCGCUGAGCAACCGAUUCCUCGAAAUUCGUCUGUGGCUUUACCAGCCAUUCCUCUUUUUUGCCGUUCAUCAUCCUACCGGCACCGCGUCAACAGCCACAGACACCAUGCCUUCCCCGCUGAGCAGCGAGGGGUUUGCCACGGUACAGGGACUCGUGCAAUCGGGUCUGGAUUGUAGCAUGAAGAUCUUACAAGCUCGGUGUCUUCGUCAUCGCCAUCACGGCAUCUGGUUCGAUCUUCGGGCUCUGGUUACAGCGUCACUGAUCUUUAUUGCUUUAGCACGAAGCGGAAAUGUCAAUCUCCCCAAUAUCCAUCCCAGAGGGCUGAGAGACCACUUAAACCGUACACUGGAGGCCCUAACCUAUUGGGAAGACGAAGCCCCGGAUAUUAAAAAGGCGCGGGGCGUUCUGGAUAAUUUACUGCGAGAGAUGAGUUAG